AUGCUUUACUUCUGUCAUGGUCCAGACAACUCCAAAUGGACUGGUGUUGCUGAGGCCCUGUUUCAAGGCCAGGUCAACACGGAGAAGGGAGCCUGCGUCCUAAACAUGGAGAAAAACAAGGCCUCAGACAGCUUCGGGUCCAUCAGCCUUACCCACCAGCAUGUGAAGAAAGACAAGUUUGGCAUGAGGAGGUUGAGCCUCGACUCUUCAAAGCGCCGACCUGACACCCCCCAAAAGCCUUGCCAGUGCGCUCCCGACGCUCCUCACCCUGCUGCUGACCUCAAGAAAAGAGCAGCCAGCCUCGUUCUGAGCACCUGUCCCCCAGCUGGGCGCGCCAAUCCCACGUACAACCUUCCGGAGGCCUCCCCUUUGCGGGUUGCGGGAUCUCAGAACGCACAAACGGCAGACUGGGAGAAGCGGUCCUGGAUGCACGAUAUCGAGGAUGCCAUUGAGAAAGGACAGCUGGCGCUCGCGCGCGUUAAGGACCUGAUGGACCGGCCCCCGAAACCGCCCCCCCGAAACGGAGAAAGACCCAAGAUGCACAGGAGCCGUGCGACAGUCGAGGAGUGUGUUAGCGGAUUGGCGGCAGAGAGGGGGGCCAACUUGGUCGAGAGGGGGUGCGUGCAGCAGAAGGAUCUGGGGCGGAGCUGCCCCCCCGAAUGUAAACCAAAGACGAAGCGCAGCUACGGUCAUGCGCCUGGGGGGGUGUCCUGGGAGGAGUGGCUGGAGGGGGGUGGCCGCUCGGCAUCGACCGAUGACGCAAGCGGGGGAGAGCAACGACAGCAGGGGAGGUCAGUGCGCUGGGCCUCUAAAGAGGAAGCUGGAAAGCUUCUUGGAGCGUGGCCGCCCCCGGGGGGCCGAUCCUGGGAGGAUUGGCUGGCAGGCCCUAGCGAAACGGCCUGGGAAGCGAGCCCCCCGGAAGGUGAGGAGGGGUGUGAGAUGGAGAAAAGUUCGCGGAUCGAUGACGAGUGGGGUCCACCUAUAGUGCCGAGGCUGGACUGGGAGGAAGGGGGGGUUGCGGUGUUUCAUAUGGACUGGGCAAAGGAGGGGGGGAACGGAGUGCAGGAACCGGAACGGGGCGCAGAAGAAGCGGAUGACAGUGUCUCUGAAGAUUCCCAGAGCCCUCCCCGGGUCAUCACUCCGGACGAGCUUAAACUGGACGUCCGGCUGCCCCCCAUUCGGACGAGCCCCCACCGAGGGACCCCCCGGGCGCCGGGCCCCACCCCCGACACCAACGUUUCCUUUGCUAGCACCAACUCCAGCUGGACGGUACCCACCGAGCACGGCCCGGUACCCACCCCCGAGCAGCGCAGGGGCUCUCUGUGGGCCUUGGCAGAGCCCCCGACGCCGACGGAACCGGCCGCCGGCGCGGGGGUGGCGCAAAAACACGGCCUGAAUUUGAACGCGCUCGAGUCUGCGCUGGUCGCGAUAUCGCGGGCGGGGCCGGGGGAAAGCACAGAGCGGUUGAAGCGGCUCGCGAUCGCGUGCGGGACGCCCCCGGCCUUAUUGUCCGUCGAGCAUAAUUUCGAGCACCCCGCCUCGCCUUCGACGCUGGAGGAGGAAGGUCCUGUUGACACGUGGCACUUUCAAGAUAGCCGGGUCUCCGCUGGGUCUGCUGACGUCAGACCGGACUCGACGCUCGAGUCGGAGGCCAUCCAUGUUCGGGAGAUCCUGCCCCGAUUCGACGAGUUCCGGCGGCGGCAAGGACUAGCGGUGGAGAGAAAAGGUGUGAGGGAAGUCCAGCCGGUGAAAGGGGUGUUGUCCAAGAGCUUGCCCGUGUCUACUGCCGGGGCCGACACUGGGAGGCGGGAGUGCGGAAACGGCACCGUUUCCCAGCGCUUCCCGUCCUACUUCCCGACCGCCGAAGCGCUCGCGGCCGACUCUCCAGCAUCUCCCCGCUCUAGUUCCUCCCCAGUCUCCGAUUCCAGCCCGGAAUUUUUCGAGAUCGCGUAUGCGGACCCGCGAGACGAGUCCUACACCGCGCGCAUCGAGCGCGCACAGACGCAAAAGCUCCUGGCGCUCGAGCGGUUCCUCCGGGCGUCCGACGCGCGCGCACGGGGCAUCUCAGCGGAACGGGCGACGUCACCGGAACCGGAACGGGAGCUGGUGGAAGAGGGGGAACCUUUCAGGGGCAAGAGCCUGGACGCCGCGUAUGCGCUCAAGAGGCUGACGUCAGAUGACGUACAGUAUUCCCCGGACUCGACGCUGCAUCGGCGGCCAAGCCCGUCGAGCAGCGAGGGCGACUCAGAGGAGGGGGGGUCACCCGAAGUGUCGCCGACCGACGUGCGGCUGAGCCGGGACUGGAGGCGAGACACGGGCGUGACGUACUGA